AUGCCUAGCGGCCCGCGCGGUAGGGGAAGGGGUGGUAGGGGAGGCGCAGACGGCGCGGGGCGUGGCCGCGGCGGCUGGGAUGGCCCCCCUAGUGGUGGAGGCGACGCGGGGUGGGGCGGGCCAAGGAAGUCAGGGGGAGGAUGGCCGGACGCGCCGCAACAAAACCCGAACCCUGCAACAGGGUGGGGAAAGUCGUUCGGAGGGGAGAGCUGGGAUUCUGCUGGUGCCGCGGGCGGUUCCAACCAAGCAGGACCGAGCGCUGCGCCUGCAGUUCCUCCCCCGGCCGAUCCAUCUCUGGAUUGGGGUGCGCCCGCUCUGGACUGGGGUGCGCCGAGUGCUGACUGGGGUGCAUCGUCCUCAGCGCCCGCAUCUGCUCCUCCCGCCGACUGGGGUGCCCCCCCUCCGGCGCCGGGCAGCUGGGGCAAUCCCUCUUCCACAAGUACAGACCAACAGUCGCCCGACCAGGAGAAGAAGGCAGCAGAGGCGGCCAUCUGGGGCGACCCCGCGAAGGAAAAGGACGCAAAUGUUACGUCUACGCCCCAAUGGGCGACGCCCCGUACGCCCCGCUCACCCGAUCGCAGCCCACAGAGGGAGCGUGUCGCAGCGGCAGACCCGCGUCGACGGCCGUCUCUCGCGACGAGCACCUCGACCACGGCUGUUCCCAGCGUCCGCGCGACGUCUCCCUCUGAUGAGGCGGCUCAGAGCAUACUAGCGAAAGAGCUCCGCAAAGAGGAGACGCGCACCCUUAGCUGGGGUGUGCCCGCCCCCGUUUCUGUAGCGGGUCCGAGCGGGUCGACUCCGUCCCCCAGCCCGUUCGCCUUCACGGACUACACGCCCGCACAGAGGAUGGACGUCGAGCCCCCAGAGCCUGUGGAAGACCUUUUCCGAGAAGUCAACAUGGAGGAAAUUCCUGUUUCGUCGCGAGCUGGCUCGAAGGUGCCGUCUCGGGCGAGCUCGCCCAUAUCGCCCGUGGUAGACGGCCGCCUCAAGACCUCCCUUGAUAAAUGGAAAGACUUUACAAGGCUGCUCACGAAAGCCGUCGCGCUGGGCAUGGACCUCGCAACUCUCAACGAAACGCAGGCGAAGCAACGCGCGAUGCAGCGCUCCUCGCGGUACCGCAGCGCGUCGAUGGUGGUGGCGCAUGCCCAGAUCGAACGCGUGCGCGCAGAGCACGACGGGAAGUUGCGUCGGACGCAGCGAAAAUUCGACGAGUGUCUGGCAAAGCUCGCUGCUUUCCCAACCGACGGCCCUCCUACGGAAGCGGACCCCGUGCUGCCCCCGGAGAUCGAGAACUGGCAUUACUGGGCGAACAGCACCAAGGCGUGGAUCGAUGAGGUCCGCCCGCUCGUAGAGCAGCGUCUGGAGACCGAGCGCACGACUGCACAGUUGAAGCAGGAGGAAGAGGAAGCCAAGGCAGCCGAAGAGGAGGCCACGGCCAAGGAGAUGGAGGAGGCACAGGCGCGCGUUGAACUAGUCAACUCCCAGGUCGACAGCCUGGAAGAUCAAGUUACAGACUUGGAGCACCAGAUCGAGGAGCUACGCAUGACUCCUACGGGCACGGCCGACAUCGUGGCGACGAUUCUGCGAAGCCGGAAGGACAUCGUGCUCCCGUCCGAGCCCCUAGCCGCGUCGAGGUCAACAGAGGAGGGCGAGGUGCCUCUGGCGCCACGGAAGACACAAGCGCAGCUGACGGCGGAGGUCGCGCAGCUCGAGCGCGAGCUGGAGGGACGUGAGGCGCGUCUCGAAGAACUUUUGAAGCAGAUCGAGGAAGAGAAGGGCCGCAACCUGGAGAGGAAACGUGCCUAUCACCAGCUUGCUGCAGAAACGGCAGAGUUGCAGCUCCAGAUGAAUAAACUCACUGAGCAGCGGAAGACGCUCUCCGAAGGUAUAGCGGAGAGCCACGUCGAGAUCGCAAACCUUCACAAGCAGCUGCAAGAGUACCUGAACCGCGAGCCACCUCCGCCUCCGCCUGCCCCGACGUCCAACGAGCUCGCGGUGCACGUCAUCCCGCUGCUCCGCCCCGAGCUGCGUGGCGCGUUGCACGACGGCCUCGGAGCGGUGCGCCGCGGGGUGGACGAGGCGCUGGCGAGGCAGCAGCAGGAUAUAUGCGAGCAGGUCUAUGCUGCGUUCCAGCCGAUUAUGCGCCUCAUACAGCGGGUGGGGACCAUGACGAACCACCAGCCGGGCAUGUUUAUGCCGCCCCCGCCGCCCCCUGUGCAGAGCUUGCAGCAUUCAUAG